AUGUCUCACCUCCUGCACAUGGAGAUCCCCAACUUUGGCAGCGCGGUGCUGGACAGCCUGAACGAGCAGCGCCUGCUGGGCCAGCACUGCGACGUGGCCAUCAUGGUGAACGGACAGGCCUUCAAGGCCCAUCGCGCUGUGCUAGCCGCCAGCAGCCUAUACUUCCGUGACCUUUUCAGCGGUAGCGGGCAGGCCCUGUUCGAGCUGCCCUCCUCGGUCACGGCCUCCUGCUUCCAGCAGAUCCUCUCCUUCUGCUACACGGGCAAGAUGACGGUGUCGGCCAGCGACCAGCUGAUGGUCAUGUACACGGCGGGCUACCUGCAGAUCCAGAACAUCGUGGAGCGCGGCAUGGACCUGAUGUUCAAGGCCAACGCGCCGCCCUACUGCGACUCGCAGUCCAUGCCCGGGGGCGACGAGCCGCCGCUGGAAGGGAGCAGCCCGCCGCAGCUGCCCGACAACCAGCAGCAGGCCACGCCCACACUGGCCGCCUGCGACAUCAAGCAGGAGAAGGUGGAAACGCCGCUCUGCUCCCAGAGCGAAGAGACGCCGCCGCCGCCGAUGCGGGGAGGGCUGGGCCUCCUGGGCGGGGAUGACGAGGGGAAACGAGGGUCGGUGUCCCGGGGCGGCUCCAUCCACAGGGGGAGUGCGCUGUUCUACAGCAGUGUUGGGGCCAACGGGGGACUCCUGGGGGUGUACCCUUACGACCUGGUGGCCGGGGAGAACACCAGCCCUGGGGCUUCCAGCCUGCCGGCCACGGACAGUCCCACGUCCCACCAGAACGAGGAUGAAGACCUGGAGGAGGAUGCGUACGACGGGCUACCUGGUGGCAAGAAGCUCUACGGUUACUCCAUCAACCCCUACACCAUGCAGGAGAAGAUGGAGCUCUCCUCCAUCCCGGUCUCCCUUGAGAGCCGUUACUGCGUGCUGCUAGGGGGCGACAGGGAGGCACUGCCCGCCAGCCUCAUCAGCCAGAUCGGGUACCGCUGCCACCCUGCCCUUUACACGGAAGGCGAUCCGGGGGAGAGGCUGGAGCUGAUCGCAGGCUCUGGCGUGUUCAUGACGCGAGGACAACUGAUGAACUGUCACCUAUGCGCCGGUAUCAAACACAAAGUGCUGCUACGGCGCCUCCUUGCUGCCUUCUUCGACAGAAACACACUGGCUGACAGCUGUGGAACUGGAAUACGCUCCUCAAAUUGUGAUCCAAAUAGAAAGCCUCUAGACAGCCGAAUUUUAAACACUGUAAAACUUUACUGUCAGAAUUUCGCUCCCAACUUCAAGGAGAGUGAGAUGAAUGUCAUCGCGGCAGACAUGUGUACCAACGCCAGACGCGUGCGUAAACGCUGGCUCCCCAAAAUCAAGUCUAUGCUGCCCGAGGCGAUGGAAGCGUACCGGAGCGCUGUGGUCGUGGGACCUGCGGACACAGCACCGGCGGCAAGCACCACCUUUCCCUUCGAGGCGGAAUUCAAACACCUGACGACGUCCAGUCUCCAGGUGGAACCGCACCUGUAUGGAGACGCGCGCGACCCGCUUAGAACUCUCCCCCACUUUCCCGCCCAGGACGGCAAGGCCCCCGCGAGCGAGCAGGAGAAAACCGAGACGACAACUAAAGCCAGAGAGGAGUCGGAUGAGGGGAGGAGCAGUUCAGAGGCCACGGAGAAAGGCGUCCUCAACAUCCACUCCAGCAACAAGAAAACCAACGGAGCCAGCCCGUCACCCCCAGCAAAGGCGCACAGUAGCGAGCAGCCCCGGGAGAAGACGGUCCCAGAGGAACAGUGAACUGCAUUCUCUCCAGAUCUCCUUCAUGCUCCCCCCAACCGACACUCCCUCUCCUCCCCGCGCUACUCUUCUCCAAAACUACCGUACUGCUAAUGUCAGAGAAACUCGUGCAGAGCUGCGCAAUCAAGCUGCAAGGACAUUCAGAAGCAAACUAGGCCUAAUGUAUCACAGAGCAAACUGCUGUAAAGUAACCGUAAACCUUCGCUUUACAGACAAAACACUGUAAAGCAACCGUAAAGUUUAAACAUAAAAAGGCAUAGAGCUACGAAUCCAAUAUGCUGUCAUUUAUCAUCAGUAAAC